AUGUCGGUGACUGGAUCCUUGUUCAAGUCGCAGAAUGGCUCAAACGCACAGGCUUCCACUUCAAAGUCAGCUCAACCGGUCAACUUUACUUCAUUACUGGCUCAAGCCAAUUCACUGAAUGAUGCUGGAGCGAGCAAUGAGCUCCCUCAGCUCAGGUUUGGGCUUGGAGAGAUUGAACAGAUGAGCGAGAGUGUAGCGAGCAGAGGCAAAAGAGGGAAAUCAAGGCAGGGAGAAGGAUACAAUCUUCUCUCAAGUCUCGGAGUGAAUACGACUCAACUAUCCCACGAUAUAUCUCAGCUACCCCAUGCUGAGCCAUCAAAUACAUCUGCCGCUCCAAAACGUCGCCGUCGACCUGCUGCUGCUGGUCUUCACCACGUGGGCGAGCCUUCGGGGUCAGGAGUGAAUGAUGGACAAGAUGUUGGGUCAUGGGGUAGGAAUUGGCAUGAGACGAUCAUUCUGUCAGGGAUCGAAUAUCAGCGGCAAAAGACCAUACAACACUUCCAGGACCAGUUCCAAGCUAGGAUGCUGGCGAAUUGGGAAGCGGAAAAAGCUCGUGUCCUACAAGAGGAAUUAGGAGUGACGGAUGAUGAUUUGUCAAAGUUGACGAGUUCAACUGGAAAAGGAGCUCUAGGCUCGUCAGUCUUAGGCAGGAGCGCGUUAGGCACGAGCACCCGAAGGUUUCCCAUGGCAUCAAGCUCUUCAAAAAGCGCCGAGUCACGAGAUGGAGGUCUGGUGAUGCAUACAAAGAUGAUACGGUACGAAAGAGUCAUCAGUGAACUAAACGCUCGGAGAUUACGGAAGGAGCCACUCGAGCUGUGUCAAGCGCUGAUGAGCACUGUCGAGGGUGAUACUAAAUACCCUCAACUACCCACCGCCUAUCGAAUCUUGGGAUACCUCGUUCAUGAGCCAUCACUCUCUGACUCGGAGCAUGCCGAACCAAUUCAAGAACGACAAUACGCCAAUGCAUAUCUUGUCGAUCCGACCUCCAGUCAUGCCUCUCUUCUUCGAGGACGACUCGCCGCCGGAGGUCGUAGAUUCCUCGAGCGAGACUUUGAAAAGCACAUUGACGAGACGAUUGCAAAGCAUCCCAAGGAGGCUGCUAUCGGAGGCUUACCUGGCGUCACGAACAAGAUCCGAGCAUAUGUUGAUGUCUUGAGUAAGACGAAGGAUCUCGAGUCAUUCAAGCCAGAGAGCGUAGACGGCACUUACCUCUGGGCACAAGUUUAUUUCCUUUUCCGCUGUGGUUACCUUUCCGAAGCCCUGGAUCUCUUGACUUCCCGCCAAUCGUCUCUGAGACGGGAUGACUAUUCAUUUCCCGGUGCUCUCAAAACGUACCUUUCGUCUUCGGAUCGGCGAUUGCCCAAAGCUCAGAAGGAUCAACUGUACAACGACUUCAACUCGCACAUUCGAAAUAGCACCAACGUUGAUCAGUACAAAUACGCCUUGUACAAAUUAGUCGGUCGAUUUGAGCUCAGUAGGAAAUCUGCCAAAGUCGCUGCAACGACUGAAGAUUGGAUCUGGUUACAGUUGUGUCUCGUUCGCGAAUCUCGGGAUGAUGGACCACAGCAGAGCUAUACCGUCGAGGAGCUGGGCGGAUUGGUUUUGAAGUAUGGGAGCGAAAAGUUUGAUUCGAAUGGGUCAAAGCCUUUCGCCUGGUUCAACCUAUUGCUCUUUGCUGGGCAGUACGAGCGAGCCAUUGCGUACCUACACUCGAAACAGGCGCUGCGUACCGAUGCGGUCCACUUCGCUUCAGCAUUGCAGUACUACGGGUUGCUCCGCCUCUCUGCGCCCGAUGCCGAUAUACUCACCGAGGCGGAAGACGACACUGCCUAUCUUAACCUCGCUCGCAUUGUCAAAUCCUACAUUUCUCCCUUUGCCAAACUCGAGCCUCAGACUGCACUUCAGUAUGCCUACCUCAUUGCUCUUGGCUCGGACGCCUCGAACGGCAGUGGACAACGUCAGAAGACCGCUUGCCUGGAAUUGAUCAGGGACAUCGUCCUGGCUAGUCGCGCCUGGUCUAAAUUGCUUGGAAGUGUACGGGCAGAUGGCUCCAAAGAGACCGGUAUAAUUGAACGCGAUCUCGCCUUGCUACGCUUAAACAACUCGUCUGACUACCUCCGACAUGUCGUCCUAUCCGCGGCGGACCAAUCUGCUCUCGACGCAUCCCUUACCGAUUCUAUCGAGCUGUACCAUCUCGCUGGAGCCUAUGACAAGGUCGUGGAGAGCAUCAAUCGCGCGCUCGGAUCUUCGCUCUCGUUACCUAUGAACCCCGGCCCAUCCGUCGCACCUGGUUUGGGACUCAGUGGAGCCUUUGGGGGUGUACAGGACCUCUAUGGCCUCGCUCAGAGAGUACAUCAAGUGUAUGAACAUGAUUUGGUGAAGAGAAACAAGGUAUCGAAGAUGGCUUGGGACACAUUGGGCGUAUUGAUUCAGCUCAAAGCUGGAUUGAGUCAGUUUGCAGCUGAACGACCGGAUCUGGCUCUAGAGACACUUCGACAAACUGGUCUUCUACCGCUAUCUACAGAUCCUUCAUCGAUCUCUUCCUGCGCUACAGCCUUCAAAUCCCUCCUUGAUCAGCCUACCAUUUCCUCCCUUGACGAGGUGAUCGUCACGACCAUGAAAUGUCUCUUUACGCUUUCACAACAGUUGAAACGAAGCGAUUAUGCCGAUUCAGAGAGGUCCAAUCAGAUUAUCGCGUACAAGCAGAUGGCUCAGAAUGUGGUUCAGUUCGCGUCUGGAUUGAGAUUGCGAUUGGGACCGGAUGUCUAUAGGCAGUUGUCAAGCAUGAGUGCUUUCUUCUAG